UAGUCUAUUUAUGGCACUCAUUAUCUCUCUACUACCUCUUCUCAUCUUAUAUGAGUUCACAGUUUGCCUUUGCUUCAGUACUGCCACACUCUUUUAGUCUUCUUCUUCUUCUUCUCCAUCAUCGUACGUCUUCUCCUUCUGUCACGUACGUCACUUUCCAAACAAAAAACCAGAUCGAAAAUCGGUGAAUUAUGUUUCAUCCAUGUAUCUGAUGCAUAUAUAAACCUUAGAGACACAAAUCUGACCCGGGUUGUAUUUUGAUCUGGGUUUUGUUUCUCUUACGUACGUUCUGUUGGGUGUUAGCCAGGAGGUGUAUUCCAGUGUGGUAAUCAGUGAUCUCAGAUGGCGGCGUUGACGGCGUUAAUGGUGAUAACUGCGCUGGCGGCGUACUUAUUUUGGUUCAAGAUCAUCACACGGUAUAUGAGAGGUCCACGUGUCUGGCCACUAUUCGGCAGCCUCCCUGGCGUCAUCCAGAACGCGUACAGGAUGCACGACUGGAUUGCAGACAACCUCCGCACGUGCGGCGGCACGUACCAGACCUCGAUCUGUGCCAUCCCCUUCCUUGCUCGGAAGCAAGGCCUGGUGACCGUCACGUGCGACCCCAAGAACUUGGAGCACAUCCUCAAGCUCCGGUUCGACAAUUACCCCAAGGGUCCUACAUGGCAAGCUGCCUUCCAUGAUCUGCUUGGCGAUGGGAUCUUCAACUCUGACGGCGACACGUGGCUGUUCCAGCGCAAGACCGCCGCGCUUGAGUUCACCACCCGCACGCUCCGCCAAGCUAUGGCUCGGUGGGUGAGCCGAGCUAUCGAGCUCAGGUUUUGUCCGAUUCUUGAGACGGCUCAAAUUGAGGCCAAACCGGUUGAUCUUCAAGACCUCUUGCUUCGGCUCACCUUUGACAACAUAUGUGGCUUAGCUUUCGGGAAGGACCCGCAAACGUUGUCUCCGGGACUUCCCAAAAACGACUUUGCCACGGCUUUCGACAGAGCAACUGAAGCCACUCUCCAACGAUUAAUUGUGCCCGAGAUUAUAUGGAAGUUAAAGAAAUGGCUCGGGCUUGGAAUGGAAGUUAGUUUAAGCCACAACCUCCACCAUGUGGAUGACUACCUAUCCAAUAUAAUCAAUACACGUAAGCUUGAGCUAGCAAGCCAACAACAAGGUCUGGAUAGGGGUACUCCACACGAUGACCUAUUAUCUCGAUUCAUGAAGAAAAAAGAGUCCUACUCUGACACAUUCCUCCAACACGUGGCACUCAAUUUUAUCCUAGCUGGACGUGACACAUCAUCAGCCGCACUGAGCUGGUUUUUCUUUUUGAUCACUCAAAAUCCUCAAGUGGAGGAAAAAAUUCUUUCUGAAAUAUGCACCGUUCUAAUGGAGACACGCGGCAAAGAAAUUUCAGAGUGGUUGAAAAGUCCCCUAGUAUUUGAGGAACUUGACCGAUUGACAUACCUUAAGGUAGCAUUGUCGGAGACCCUAAGGCUUUACCCCUCUGUGCCACAAGACUUCAAGCACAUAAUCAAUGAUGACAUUUUGCCUGAUGGAACUUUCGUGCCCGCUGGCUCUUCAAUCACAUAUUCCAUUUACGCGAUCGGGCGCAUGAAGUAUAUUUGGGGUGAAGAUUGCUUGGAAUUCAAGCCUGAAAGGUGGCUAUCUUCUGAUGGAAAGAGAAUGGAGGUACUAGACUCUUACAAGUUUGUGGCCUUCAACGGCGGUCCAAGAAUAUGUUUGGGCAAAGAUUUGGCUUACCUCCAGAUGAAGUCAAUCGCCUCGGCGGUGUUGUUGAGGCAUCGGCUCGCGGUGGUUCCUGGCCACCAGGUGGAGCAAAAGAUGUCGCUGACAUUGUUCAUGAAGUACGGGCUUAAGGUUAAUGUGCACCGAAGAGAUUUGAAGCCUGUGCUGGAGAAAAUGUACAAGGGGGACACUGACUGAUGGAGUAAAGUAUCAAAAGAUCAUGCUAUCUCCAAUGGUAUACGUACGUGAUAUAUGGGGUGGAAGUGGCUGCUGUUCCUUUAGAGGGCUAGGUUGGUUUUCCGAAGAUUACUUAGCUAGCCUGUGAAUAUGAUGCUUACUACAGUAAUUGGUACUAAUAAUUAUUAAUAA